AUGGCUACCCCAUCGCUUGCUCAUUUAGACGAUGAGGUCUUCACCUAUUCCCAUAAGAAGAUGGACGAGGCCGUUCUAAAACAAAUUGCAUUCUGUUUCGGCACGGUACCCCAGUGUCCGCCCCACGAUGUUCUUCUCUCAACAAUCAUCGAAAAGUGUCCUGAACUGUACCAGGACUCGCUCGAUGAGGCCUAUUUGGGCCGCAUCAACAAGCUACUCGUAGAAUAUACGCAGCUCGGAUCCAUGUUGGAGGAUUGCUGGGAGAAGCAGUCGUUCGAAAGUAUCAGAGAUCUAGAGAUCUUGUGGCCUGAACGGGAAGUCAGAUAUACUAAUUAUGAUAUGGACGAUAACAGUGUCGUUCCUCGUGCUUUGAGCGAAAAAGGCAAAUGUGUGUUUUCUUACUUUGGAACAGUUACGGAACUCGGCUGGCGGCGGACAUUCCGAGGCAAUGCACAUAAAGCGCUUUGGCGAUACAUUGUUCACCACCAGAGCCAUUCCGACCGUGCACAAUCCCCCUACACACAAUACGCGUCCAUAAUUUAG